UGCGGGAUAUCUCUGUUCUCUCAAGACCAGUAUCUGUUUUCAAAUGAUAAGUGUUGUAUUCUCUUUUUAUAAACCCACAGAAACAACAAAUACUCAAUAGUCAUGAAAAGAGCAGCAAAAACAGACAGCCAAAUUAGCCAAACCCCCGUGGCUGAAAAGCAGUCACGGCCACCACCGCCAUCCGCAACGCCACGCACAGCCCGAAUUCGCCACACAAACCGCGCCUGCUGCAAACCCUGACUCGCCACAUCUUCUCCCCACUUGCCACACCGCCAGACCCGCGCACCGCCUCCUCCAUCUUCCUCCUGUUCCUGUUCCUGUUUUUUUAGUUGAAGGCUGCGAUAAGAGCAGCGUGUUUGGUUUAUUGGGGCUGUUGUAUUUAUGUUGAGAAUGCAGCGGACGCGGGAGUAUUUCCUCUACAGGAUAGAAAAUUUUAGUCCUUCAUGGUUUGCCAUGACCAUGGGCGUCGGUAUGGCGGGCAGUCUACUCGUUGACUACCCGUACCCGGCAGAGUAUCUCCGACGUCUCGGUAUUGCUUUCUGGGGAACCGGCACCGUGCUCUUCGUCAUAUUUACAAUCUUCACCGUCCUCCGCCUCCUCCUCUUCCCCAGCAAAUUCAAAAUGUCGCUUCUCCACCCAACCCAGUCGCUAUACUGGGGCUGCAUGCCGAUGGGACUCUGCCCAAUCAUCACCGACGCCGUCGGCAUCUUUGGCGCAAAAGCAGUCUGGGCAUGCUACGUGCUCUGGUGGAUCGACGUCGUGCUCGCGCUUCUGUGCGCGUGGCUCAUGGUCUUUGUCGGGUUUGCUCGCAACACACGACUCCGGCCCGCGGACCUCAACGCCGUCAUCCUUCUCCCCGUCGUCACGCUCGUGCUUUGCGCGUCUACAGGCUCGAUCCUCGUCGAGUAUCUCCCCGACAACUGGCGGCCGCAUAUGAUCAUCCUCUGCGCGCUCUGCUGGGGCAACGGCGAGUUGCUCGCGUUCUUGUUCACCGGCGUAUACGUCUGGCGCCUGUUAACCCACGGCUUACCUGCCCGAGAAUCCGUCACCAGCUGCUUCUUACCCAUUGGACCCCUAGGCCAGGGCGCAUACGGCUUCCUCAUCAACGCCGUCAACCUCGAAAACUACCUGACCGCACACGACUACCCCGCGCUCGCCAGCGUGCCGGUGUUCAAAUACAUCGGCUGCGCCGUCGCGAUCUUCAUGGUCGGUCUCGCAACGUUCUGGCUUGUGAUGGCAGUCUUUGCUUGCAUCUACCACCGCCCUCGAGUCUUUGGCCUCGGCUGGUGGGGGCUCACUUUCCCGCCGGGCACGUACGCGCUCGCCACGCGACAACUGGGCGAGGUACUUGACAUCGAGGGUUUCCGCGUCGUGAGCGCGCUCGUCGGCACCGCUGUCGUUUUUAUUGUCUUCUUCCUCAUCCUCACCACGUUCUACUACGGCGUCGUCAGACCGAACGCGUUUAAAGCGGCAGAGACGGAAUUGAGCGGUAAUGUCGAGAAAGUGAAGCGUGAGAGUGAGUCUGAUUUGACGCAGACUGAUAUGGUGUAAUGUUGUCCUUUUCUUCCGGCUUUUGUUUGUCGAUUUUCUUUCUCGUUCGUCGCUCUUGUUGGUUAGCAUUGUAGAAGUUUUUUUUUGGCAUUUUCGGUGUUUGGGUGAUGUUCUUAAUAGUAUUCAGUAUCUAAUGCAAUGAUAUGAUGUAUUUACAACCAAAAACAGAAACGUAAUCUAUGCA